ACUACCUUUAUACCAAUCCGAUUUGAUGUUUUGUUUGAGGUUUUCUUUGCAAAAGCAAAAAUUAUGAUUCACGUAUCCAAAUGAACUGUUAAUCAUUAUUUAAGCAGUUUUAACGAUUGGCAUUUAUAUAAUAAUGGAUUCUUCGAGAAGAAAUAACUUUGAAGAUCAGCGGUGCAUCCUAGGACUACAAGAUUUGAAAUUAUCCAACAAAGAUGAAGACGGCACUGAGCAAGCGCACGGGGCUGCAACAUCGAAAACAAAUUCUCUCGCCAAAGCUCGGCCUGUGGGAGCGAUCGAAAGCUUCGUUCUGGACAACACCCAGACUAAUAGACAGGAUUACAGUUUUUACGAACGUUCAAACGUGAUAGCAGCUUCAAAGUUCGCGACUCCAAAGCGUGUAGAAACGAUAGCGUCGAUCAACAAACGCGAUAUAAACACGGCGGCCCUCCCCGCGAGCCCAACACGAUCCAUCGAUAGUAAGUCACAGAGGUCGCUCAGUUACCAAACUGAGGAUCUGUACGAGAUUCCUGCAAACCCAAAUUCUCAGUUUCCACCCCCUGUGUAUGAAAACAUAGAAUACUACGGUGAACAGCGAUCCCAGCAGCCGCCGUACUUCCACCAGUUGUACCAAGCGGGCGCACCGCCGCCGCCGCCGCCGCCCGUGUCCGACGGCUACUACGACACGCGCUACAGCAAGGCUCAACCGCAAGUACCUGUCAACGCUAAGCCUAAACAUAACCCCACUGUCUACGAAAAUAUGCUUUGUUCAGAUGGUGAUAAGAAAAAUGAAUAUAAACCACUUCAGAAGAAUGAGCAACGUUUUGUGCAGCAAGGAUCAAUGCCAGGGCCACAGGUGCCUAAUACUUCAUCCAACAGGAGCAUUUCUCAGUUGUUAAUGAAUGACAAAGGCAUUACAGAAAAAACUCCUCCACCGCCUCCAUACAAUUCCUCCCAAGACAGCUCUAGCAGUGAUUACACAGUUAUGAAAUCGGCUCCACCUAAGUACACAGAUGUCACUGCUCUUCUUAAAAAUGGCAGCGCUUCCAGUUUUGAUAGUAAAGUUGUUCCAUCAACUGCUAUUUACGCCUCAAUAGCCCCAAGUGCUCAAAGGCCUAAGGCUUAUUCUGCCACUGAAGUUCAACAAAAUCCCAAUUUUUAUCACUCUAAGCCUAAUCCAGGAAUUGACAAGCCACCGGCUAUAAAUGGUGGAUUUGCAAAGCCACUGCCAGUUAAUCGGAUGCAGAUAGUGGAUGAUGCCAAUGGUUCAGACUAUGUGUGCAUGAGUGGAGGUUCCCCAGCAACAACAGUUCCCACAACAAGAGAUAACAUGUCAUCUGGCUCGGAAUCUCUAGGAUCUCGGAACUUAGUGUCAGGUCUGCCAUCCAUGUGCUCACCAGCAGCAUCACCAGCACCAAGCCCAACACCGAGUUCAGUAUCGGGUGUGUCUGGAGUGUCAGGUGGCUCGCGCGGUUCAGGCGGACGUGGAAAGAGCUUGCUGCCGUAUAGCAUCACGCCACCUCGCCCUGCUGGGCCCAGUGAGGCGCAACGCAAGAUUGAGGAGCUCACAAGACAGCUUGAAGAAGAAAUGGAAAGGCAAGAUGAGGAAGGAGAAUAUUUUGGCAUCUGCCACACAUGCGGCACGGGCGUCACGGGCGCCGGACAGGCGUGCCAAGCCAUGGGCAACCUGUACCACACCAACUGCUUCAUCUGUUGCUCGUGCGGGCGCGCGCUGCGCGGGAAAGACUUCUACAACGUGCACGGCAAGGUGUACUGCGAGGAGGACUACUUGUAUUCUGGGUUCCAACAGACUGCAGAGAAAUGUGCAAUAUGCGGCCACUUGAUCAUGGAAUUGAUCCUGCAAGCAAUGGGCAAGUCAUACCACCCGGGCUGCUUCCGCUGCUGCGUCUGCAACGAGUGUCUCGACGGCGUGCCCUUCACCGUGGACGUGGACAACAAGAUCUACUGCGUCAACGACUACCACCGCAUGUUCGCGCCCAAGUGCGCCAGCUGCGGGAAAGGCAUAACCCCAGUGGAGGGCACGGACGAGACGGUGCGCGUGGUGUCCAUGGACCGCGACUUCCACGUGGACUGUUACAUGUGCUGCGUGUGCGGGAUGCAGCUCACCGACGAGCCCGACAAGCGCUGCUACCCGCUCGCCGGCAAGCUGAUGUGCCGCUCGUGCCACCUCGCCACCAUCGGCGCCGCCUCGGGCCCCGGCCAGCCGCCCGCGCCGCACCUCUCGCCCGCCUCCUACCAGUACAUGGGAUAAACAAACACACACACACACACUGAUGGAAAAC